AUGAAGACAUAUAUUUUCCAUGCACUCAUUGUUUUGGCUAUAACACUUCUUCACCAUCAAAUUGGCGCUUCUGCACAAAACUUUGACAUAGGCCUUAACUAUGGAAUGUUAGGAGAUAAUUUACCAAAACCAACUGAAGUGGUUAAACUAUACCAAAAAUACGGCAUCGGCAAGAUGAGGAUUUUCGCCCCCGAUCCGGCAACACUCGAGGCUCUAAGAAACUCAAACAUCGAACUUUCUAUGGGGAUAGCUAAUGAACUCUUACCUACCCUUGCAGCAAGCGAGGCAAAUGCUGAGAGAUGGUAUAAUGGAUUUAUGGCUCCAUACAUCAAUGACGUUAUCUUCUCAUAUAUUACAGUCGGGAAUGAAAUCGUCCCAGGGGAAUUUGCCCAAUACAUCGUCCCUGUAAUGCGAAAUCUUCAAACCAUUCUUGAUGAAAAUAAUCUCGCCGGUAUAAGAGUGUCAACAGUGGUGGCAACCAGUGUUCUCGGAACUUCUUAUCCACCUUCUCAGGGGAAUUUCACAACUGACGCAAGAGCCACAAUGAUUGAUAUUCUGAAAUUUUUAAACGAUACGAGUUCACCUCUGUUGAUCAAUGUCUAUCCUUAUUUCGCGGUGGCGGCGGAUCCAAUAAACGUGCGCUUGGAUUAUGCACUGUUCACGGCCACGGACGUAGUUGUUCAAGAUGGAAACUUGAAUUAUAAUAACAUGUUUGAUGCGAUAGUCGAUUCAUUUUUCUGGGCGAUGGAGAAAGAGAAUUUCAGUGACGUGCAACUUGUGGUUUCCGAGAGUGGUUGGCCUUCUUACGGGAACGGGAAUCUCACGACUAAACCGUUGGCCUACACAUAUAAUUAUAAUUUUGUAAGACGUGUGCAGAAAUUUGGGACUCCAAAGCGACCGAAUGCGUACGUUGAAGGGUUUAUAUUUGCAUUGUUUCUUGAGGAUCUAAAGCCUGCUGGUGUGGAGAGAAAUUUUGGGCUUGUAGAUCCUAUUACAAUGGAGGGACUUUAUCCUCUCUAG